UGGACAAACUCAUUACAUAAAGCACUCCAGUCCUGGUGUAGCUCGGAUUUUUUCAAAGACAUUGGAAAAUGUGAAGUGCAACGUAUUACUCUUAUGGAUCAUGACCCACGCAUUGCAGACGUGCAGAUACUACCAUUAAAAGGUGACAACUUUUGUAGCUCACUUAUAGGUGCUAGUCUAUCUUUUUAUUUUGUAUUGUGCCACUUUUUUUACACACACUGUAAAAAAACAGCUUGAAGUUUAACUCCCUGGGGUCCAAAAAUGCUGUGCCGUGUUUUGACAUGCGUCCUCCUCAUCAAAGCAGAAUCAACUUAAGAUAAUCCAUCAUUAAAAGUCAUGCAUUUACAUGUUAGACAUCAUUUGUCUACUUUUAUUUGUGUACAUUCACAAUAACAACAAAUCUUUGUGUUUUUGUUCCAAUAAAAAAGCAGGGUGCGCUUACAGACAUCUCUGUCUCUGCCAGCUGUCUCUUAAAACACAUUACAAAAAUCUAUUGAAACUCUCACAAAUAAAAGUCACACAAACAUGAUGCAUAAAGAAAAACCUGAAAUGUUUACUUUUACACAAAAUAAUUACAAUAGAAAACAAUAUUGACUGUUUAUAUAAUCUGUAUUAAAGUAAAGCGAGGUACCGUUUUUCCUGGCUAACCUCAUUAUCUGUAUUGAGGUCACGUCCAUAGGCGUUACCCACUGUUCAUUUGAAAAUGAAGGGGACCACUUGAAACAAUGCAUAAAGUUUUAUCAGAUUUAAAGACUUUAUUUUGUGUUUGGAUGACAUAUGUGAGGAAGAUCUUCAGUUUGUCUGAACAAUAAGGAAGAGUAAAGAAGAGUUCACCUUAGAAAAGCAAUGGAACUCUUUCUGCAUCAAGACAGACUGGAGGAGGAUAUUAUUCCUGACAACUCUCGAAGUUAUACAAAGUAAUACAGCUAUCACACUGAAGUUCAAGGAUCAAAAUUCUCAUGUUAAGGAAGUGACUGCACAUAUUUUACUGGCUGAAAAGAUGCUAGAGGAGAAAGAACAACAGGUGAAUGAAACUAAGAACUUGACCGAAGCAAACCAUAGUGUGGACAUUUCUACACUAAAUAGUACUUUAAAUGGCACUGAGACCACAAAAACUGCUGAAAUGACAACUGAAACAAAUUCAGCUGGAUUUACGGUUCCCCUCUGUUUGUAUUGGUACAUUCUUCAUGCUUACAAAAAUGAGUUGGAGCUAAUUGAAAAACAGCAUGGAGUUAAAAUUUCUGAAGAAGUGUCAGUGUCAUUUAACUCGAACAGAACCCCUGAUUCUGUGUCUAAAGCCUCCAAUGAGCUUCAGAAGCUUGUUCAAGGAUGUAUGGAUAAUUAUGAUGCAGUCAAAAUUCCCUAUACUCAUAUAGAUUCAGAUAUUGUGAAGGAAACCAUGUUUCUCAGUCAGAGACCGGAGCAAAGGGUAAUGAUGACCACAUCUGCCAGUAAUUUUCAGGUCUUUGGACCAAAACAACUUACACGUAUGAUAAGCAAAAAAGUAAAUGCUACAAGACUGGAAAACCAAUUUACUGACAAAGCAAGUACAAUGGAAGUGGAAGGCAGUGUUUUUCCACAGAGUUGGUCUUUCUUAGACAUGGACACUAAAGACCUUCCAACCCAACUUAAGAUGGAUAAGGUUCAUUGGGAUCUGAUGAAACUUUCUUAUACAGAACAAAUAUCAAAACUUGAAUCAAAGUUUGGAGUGUCUUUUAGCACUGAAGAACAGCAGGACAAUUUAACCAUUAAGGUUAGAGCUCAGACCAAAGAAGGACAACAUACUGAUCUUAAAAAUCAUGCCCUCGGAGCUUUAAUGCAAUGCUACCAAAAAUUUGCCACAGCUCUUGUGAGCUGUGGACCUAAAGACCCCAAAGAUGCAAGUAUUGUGGCACAGAUCAAAGACAUAUUUGACAAACAACAAUAUUGUGUUGCGGCAGUUGAUGUUUACGGUCCCUGGAAGCUUGUUGGACUUCCAGAGCACCUUGGCCCUUGCAUUGAAGAUAUUGAGAAUAAAAUUAUGAAGAAAGUGUUUGAUGAUGAGACAAAGAAAUUAAUUGGCUACUCAGGGGAUAUUCCUCAGGGAAGAGGAAUCACAUGGGAAAACAAACCUACUUAUAGACAAGAAGCAGCAGGUAGCCCUUUACAAGAUGAGGGAAUAAGCUCAAGAAAACAAGAUGGGACAGAUACUGGUUUCAAUAGACAAUCACAAGAAAACACAGAUAAAGAUUCUAGACAUGACAUUAAAGGUGCACAUGGUGAAGAGGAGCAGUGUGUUAUCUGCAUGGACAAGAUCAACAACAAGGAAAAACUGAAAUGUGGCCAUGAAUUCUGUCGGCACUGUAUAAAGCAGUCAGUGAAGAUUAUGGGAUCCAUCUGUCCUGUGUGUAAAGACGUCUUUGGAAAGUUAGAAGGAAACCAGCCUGAUGGAACAAUGAGGGUUAUGAGGCAACACGAUAGACUUCCUGGAUAUCCAAAUGAUGGCACAAUUGAAAUUUUUUAUGAUAUACCAUCAGGUGUUCAAACGAGUAAGCAUCCAAAUCCUGGAAAGCAUUAUCAUGGUACACAUCGCACUGCUUAUCUGCCAGAUAACCAAGAAGGAAAUAACAUACUAAAACUCCUGCAAAAGGCUUUUGAUCAGAAACUGAUUUUUACAGUUGGAACCUCUACAACCUCUGGUGUAAACAAUGCUGUGACUUGGAAUGAUAUUCAUCAUAAGACCAAUACGCACGGAGGGCCUGAAAAGUAUGGUUACCCAGAUGCAGAUUAUCUGAAGAGAGUGAAGGAUGAGUUAAAGGCCAAAGGCAUUGAAGGAUGAUGCAUGCUGUAUUUCUGUAUGAAAAUGAACCUGGUAUAUACAUAUGCUGUAAGAAUUAUUGGCAUUAUAUUAUCUCAUUAUGAAAUAAAUAUUUUCUCCAAAACA